CCUCUUGAAUACCUUGGGUUUUCUAUUUCUUCUCGAGCAAAAAGUCGGCCACAGCAAGCAUGUUCGAGAAUCUCGUGAAUGCCAUUCAUUCGGACUCGCAAUAUUCCAACAAACAUGCAGUACGAGUGAAUGUCUACGACAUGUUAGAGCGUAGUUUUGUCACGCAGUUUGGAUAUUAUGCGCUCGGGAUGGGCAUAUUCCAUUCAGGAUUAGAGGUAUACGGUAAAGAAUACUGUUUUGGUGGGCAUGAAUAUCAGGAUACCACUGGCGUAUUUGUAAUGGAUCCUAAAAUGGUGCCACCUGAAUUAACCUUCAAGCAAUCAAUUCAUAUGGGAUAUACCGAUCUCUCGGAGGACGAGCUGGCUCAAGAAGUAGCCAUUAUAUCACAAGAGUUUGGAGGAACUUCGUACAAUCUUUUGACAAGGAAUUGUAAUCAUUUCACUGAGGAAUUUUGUCGACGACUCACGGGAAAACAAAUACCGGCUUGGAUCAAUCGGGCAGCUCGACUGGGCGCACUAGUACCCUGCGUGAUCCCGGGUGAAUGGAUUCAACCGCCAGAAUUUGAGGAUGAAGAAGAUGUUGCAUCUAUCAUGGCUUCCGCCGAAUCUUAUUCUUCCUUACGAUCCAUCGCUCCUAGCCGAUACAGUACAAACAGCAAUCGAAGGCUUCAUGCCCCACCCUACCUGUCAUCAGUACGAGCCAAGGACGAAGAUGAAUCGGAUUCCGACCAUUAUCGGUCUUCUUCCAGCGACAUUCCUGCAACCCAUCCCUUACUUAAUUUUCAAGGCAUCAAUAAACAUAACAAUAAAGAUAUCUAG